GGUGCUGGAGGGAGGACCUACCAGGAGAAACGCCAGUCUACAUGUAACCGUCACAUAACCAAGAAGUAGACGAGGGGACCGGUAUUUGCUCUCGUUACUGUGGCAACUAGAUGGGAACGACAUUUUUGACGGCAGGAGCCGAUAUUUCCGGUAUCUGUACCAACGCAUGCGCAAAGCAGAGAUUCACCAUCAUGUCCAGGAGUUCUAACCCGUUUGACGAGGAUGAAGACAGUGACUUUAAGCCCGUCAAGUGGAACAAUGAGGAGGAUGACCCCUAUGAAUCCCCUGCUGAUCGGAAAAGACGCGAAGAGGCAGACAGGCAGAGGUCACUGCAGCAAGAAGUGUUGAGGAGGGCGCAGUCCACAGUGGACAGCAGCAACAGAUCUAAGUCCCUUAUUUAUGAGUCUGAGAAGGUUGGAUUGGAAACUGCAGAGGAACUAAUGCGGCAGGGGGAAGCUUUGAAGCGCACAGAAAAAAUGGUGGACAAAAUGGAACAAGAUAUGAAGACCAGUCAAAGGCAUAUUAAUAGCAUUAAGAGCAUUUUCAGCGGCUUCACAAAUUACUUUAAAGCCAAACCUGCAGAGACACCACCUCAGAAUGGAGCCUAUGACUACACAGCUAGCAAUAAAUUACAGGAUGCUGUGUCAAAAAGCAGAGAACAAGAAGACAAGUAUCAAGCUACCCAUCCAAACCUGCUGAAGCGAGAUACUGUAGACACCAGCAGAGGUGCAACAAGUUCUGAGUACCAACACAUAAACCCAGCUCUGAGAGGUUACCACCAGAAAAUCGACAAUAACUUGGACGAUAUGAAUCUGGGUUUGAGUCAUCUUAAAAAUCUAGCGCUUGGAUUGCAGUCUGAAAUUGAUGAACAAGAUGAAGUAAUUGGGCGCCUUACAGGAAAGGUGGAUAAGGUGGACUUGAAUAUCAAGGCUACAGACAAAAGGAUCCGGGAUGAGCUGUGAAAAGCUACAUAUAUUCUAGCCAUAACAGUCCUCUCCUAUAUUAAAUCCUUCCAACCUUUUACAGAACAAACCAUCACAAGCUCCUCAUGUUCUUAUAAUGCUCCUAUCGAGCAUUUCAUAUUUUUCUGUAUUCCAGGGAGAUUAUCCUACAAGCAAUUCAUGAAAAUAUAGGUUCUAUAAAUAGAGUAAUAUUGCAAAGGAUUAGUAAUAUUUAUGACUUCAUCAUCUGAGAUUUGCUGUGAAGGGUAUAGCCAUCUUUAAAUACCAGUUUACAGUUAAUAUAUAGAUAUAGUGAACAUAAUAGUUUGCGUAUCUUUGGAUACAUUGCAUUUCUUAUAUUUUACUAUUUGGAGUUACAGCCGGUAUCCUCCAUCUAAAUUAGCAUUUUGGUUGAGCUGGUUAUUGAAAAUCAUUCAUAAGCUUGUCAUGCCUCCCAAUGUUUAUUAUAUUGCAGUGGGGUACAUUUUCCUUUCUAGAUUACUAGAGAUAACAGUGUAAAGACUUUGCACCCCUUAUUACUGAUCACCAAAGUCUUGUGGUUUUAUGAGUCAGCAAGGAGAUAUUUUGGCUUUGAACCCUGUAAAAUUGUUAAUUGGGCUCUGGACUCUGAGGAUAUGUUCACAUGGAGGAAAAUUUCCGAGCAUUUACCAGACAGUUGGCGCCGGCAGAACAUGCUGGUGCUAGGACCACUCGGAACUGUCUCCCUAGACUGCAAUGCAUUUCCGAGCGGAUUCCACAGAAAGAAUUGACAUGUCCGUUCCAUCUGCAGAAGCUUAUAUUCUGCCUUGUGCACAGUGCGUCAGAAUCCCAUUGAAAACAAUGGGACUCUGUUGGAACAGAAUUUCCGAGCAGAAUUAUUCUGCCUGGAAACUGUAUCAUGUUUGAUCAAGGCCUGAUACUGGCAGGGUCAGUGUAAGAUAAGUAAUGCAAUGUAUUUACAGAAUGCCUCAACUUUUUUUUUUCAUGUACAUCAAUAAGCUAGUAAAGUAAACCUUGUCGAAUAGGAUGUAAUUUUUCUAUUCACCAAAGACUGAAUUUCCUAUGUGUGAAACCUUUGCUGCGAGAAUUGAUUCUCCUAAUACAAGUGUCCAUGAGAAUAGUGAAAAAUUCAUUCAGUAUAAGCGAGCAGAGUUGUUUCUAUAUAUCUGCUUGGCUUGCCACAAGCUACAUUUAGCUGAAUUGUACAGUUGCAGAAAUUUCUACAAAUCAUCUGCCACAUGUUAAUAUACCUUAAUUGAUUUUCACUGGUCAAUUUUCCUACAGCAAAUUCAUUUGGAUGUGUGAGUGGACAAUCUGCGCAUUGCAGAAAUUGUUUGCAUGUAAAUUGACUUUUAAGGCUGGGUUCACACUACGAUUUGAACUACGGUUCCCGUAUACGGAUGGGAGGAGGGGUGGGCGGGGCUUA